CACAGAGUCAUCUCAUCAUCUUAUAUAAGCAAUUACAGUCUCUUAAGUUCAUGGCGGAUUUAAUUUGUUCUGGUUAUCCAAAACAACCAUCUUUUUCCUCUUUCUUAUAAAUCUCUCCCACCGGUAGCGGUAAAAUACAAUCGUCGAAGCAAAGACAAAUCCUUUUUGACUUUCAUUAAAAAUUCCGAGAAUCUUUUUAUCAACCCAAUAUUUUUUUUUUAUCCCCCGAGAGAGAAAUUUCAAUGAAAUUCUUAGUAUAGGAUACAAUUCAUUAAAAUCCAUUUCAUUUUCAAUAGUAAUCUCGAUUACUGAUUCGUCGUUUCUUCCGCCGUGUUUUGAUUUUUCUCGGAUUCUCCGCUCAGAGUUCCUAAUCUGUGUAAGUUGAUUUCGAUUUUCCGACUCUGAGAUUUUUAAAUGUUUGGUUCGUGGGCUAUCAUCGUAUCUCGUUGUAUCUUUCCAACAAUUUGAAAGCUGUUUGAUUUUUCUUCUUUGGGUUGUGUUAGUUCAGAAACUGUUAAAGUUGCAUGCUUGAAAUUGGGAAAAUGGUUGGAUACUUGUGUAAUCGGAACAUUACGAAUGGUUUUUUUUUGUAUCUGAUUGAUUUGAUUUUCCUCCUUAUGAGUUUUUUGUUUUUAGUCUCUCACAUGUUAUUGUUCUCUAAUUUUGGCUUGUUGUUGGGUUGUUUUGUUUCACCUGUAGGCUGGAAUUAACCUGUCUAAGAAACUAAACUUUCUCUAGUUUCUAGAUUUUUGUAUAUGAUUAGGACAGUAAAAGUUGAAGACUUUCUCAAAGAUUUGAUGAAAUGAGUUUGGUUGGAAGAGUUGGGAGUUUGAUUUCUCAAGGGGUUUACUCUGUAGCGACACCAUUUCAUCCCUUUGGUGGUGCUAUUGAUGUCAUCGUUGUUCAACAACAAGAUGGUUCUUUCCGUAGCACGCCUUGGUAUGUUAGGUUUGGUAAGUUCCAAGGUGUUCUCAAAGGCGCUGAGAAGUUUGUCAGGAUUUCUGUUAAUGGAACCGAAGCUGAUUUUCACAUGUAUCUUGAUAAUUCUGGUGAAGCAUAUUUCAUCAGGGAAGUUGAUCCUGCAGCUAAUGACACCAACAAUUUGAUUUCCGGGUCUGAGAAUAACAAUGGUAAUCAGAAUAACGGUGUUACUUAUCGACUUGAGCACAGUUUAUCGGACUCUGGUACUGGAGAAUUACGAGAGGGUUUCGACCCUUUGAGUCGGCUUGAGAGGACAGAGUCUGAUUGUAAUAGGAGGUUUUAUGAUUUUCAGGAUGAUCCUCCUUCGCCAACCUCAGAAUAUGGAAGUGCUCGAUUUGACAAUCUAAAUGUGGAAAGUUAUGGGGAUUCUCAAGGCUCAGAUUCUGAAGUGGUUUUGGUCAGUAUUGAUGGACAUAUACUAACAGCCCCUGUGUCAGUUGCUGAGCAGGAGGCUGAGAAUUUACGGUUAAAUACUCCUCAGUUUCAUUUGGCCCCUGGUGAUGGGACUGAGUUUUGUGAAGGUAAUACUGAGUUUGCUUCAUCAGAGACUCCGUGGGAUACUGAAUAUAUCGACAAAGUGGAGGAGUCAUCUGAUACUGCUAAUAUUGCAUCUGAUAAAGUAGAUGCCAUUAAUGAUGAGCGUAAUGAUUUGGAUUCCCAUUCUCGUGAUAAUGCCGAAAAAGAUUCUCAUGAUGCUGAAAGAGAUCUUCUUGGGAGCUGUCUGGAGCAGUCAGAGCUGACCAAAACUAGUGAGAAUGUGAAGUCUGAGGAACCAGGUCCUACUUUUGAGGAUCGGAAUCUAAAAGAAGGUGAGUUUCCACUUCGCACCAUUAUGGAAAAUGAUAGAAGUGAAGAUGAAGUUACUAUUGAAUCAAUAGAUACUCUUGUUGAUAGUUUUGAAUCUUCUACAACCCAAAUAACAAUAGAAGAAGUGAAAACAACCGAAGGAUCCAGAAUAUCCGUUGAUUCUAAUGCUGAUUCAGAAUGUAAGGAUGAACAAACAUCUGCAGAAACUGCCAUCUUGUUUAACAACCAGGAAUCCAGUAUAUCCGUUGAUUCUAAUGCUGAUUCAGAAUGUAAGGAUGAACAGCCACGAAUAUCUGCAGAAACUGCCAUCUUGAUUAACAACCAGGAAGGUGGGAUUAUAGAAUCGGAAGACCAGGAUUCUGAGAGAGUCUCUAUAGAUUCAACGAGGGAGGAAGUUGAUAAGGAUAACGAGGACAGGAAGACUGUAGUUUCAGUGGGUGUGACUUCUAGUGUCGACGAAGGAGAACCCGAUACAGAUCAGAGAUAUGAGUUAUCACUUUGCAAGGAUGAGCUUCGUCAGGGUAUGGGACUUAGCGCAGCUGCUGAAGUCUUUGAUGCACAUAUGAUCUCCAAGGAAGAAUAUAUAAAUUCGGCCACAUCAAUUCUUGAAAGUGAAAAUCUGGUUGUUAGGAUUAGAGAAACGUAUAUGCCAUGGACGAAAGCUGCUCGAAUUGUGCUUGGGAAAGCUGUGUUUGAUCUAGACUUAGAUAUCCAGCCAGAUGAUGUGAUUUCUGUGGAGGAAAAUGAAUCGCCUAAGCCCAAGGAUGAUGAAACUACAAUAACUCCUUCUUCAUCUGGAACAAGAUGGAGACUCUGGCCGAUUCCUUUUAGAAGGGUUAAAACUGUUGAGCAUACGGGAAGUAACUCCUCAAGCGAAGAAGAUCUGUUUGUUGAUUCCGAACCUGGCUUACAGAACUCACCGGAAACACAAUCAACCACAGAGAGUCGCCAUGAGUCUCCGCGUAGACAACUUGUGAGAACUAAUGUCCCUACCAAUGAACAGAUCGCAUCUCUGAAUCUGAAAGAUGGUCAGAAUAUGAUAACAUUUAGUUUCUCAACAAGAGUUCUUGGAACACAACAGGUCGAUGCUCACAUUUACCGGUGGAGAUGGGACACCAAGAUAGUGAUUUCAGAUGUUGAUGGAACUAUAACUAAAUCUGAUGUGUUAGGUCAGUUCAUGCCCUUCAUUGGAAAGGACUGGACCCAAUCCGGUGUAGCCAAGCUUUUUUCUGCCAUAAAGGAGAAUGGAUAUCAGUUACUGUUUUUGAGCGCUCGUGCCAUCGUUCAGGCAUAUCUAACAAGAAAUUUCUUAAAUAAUCUGAAGCAGGACGGAAAAGCUCUGCCAACCGGUCCUGUGGUCAUUUCACCAGAUGGCCUAUUUCCAGCAUUGUACCGUGAAGUGAUAAGAAGAGCACCUCAUGAGUUCAAGAUCGCAUGUUUGGAGGAUAUCAGGAAACUCUUCCCAACGGAUUACAACCCGUUCUAUGCCGGAUUUGGAAAUAGAGACACAGAUGAGCUGAGUUACAGAAAACUCGGAAUCCCAAAGGGAAAGAUAUUCAUAAUCAACCCAAAGGGAGAAGUGGCAACAGGACAUCGCAUAGAUGUCAAGAAAUCUUACACUUCACUUCAUACUCUUGUCAACGACAUGUUUCCUCCAACUUCACUUGUUGAGCAGGAAGAUUAUAACCCAUGGAAUUUCUGGAAACUGCCAAUAGAAGAGGUUGAAUGAAGAAAUCAUGUUACAGUACGAGAAACUUUUCCGGUUUCUAAAACGAGGUGCAGAUGGGUCGGACAUGGUGGCUGCGGAAUCUCCAUUGUUGGACUUUCUAGUCUUAUUCUGUGACUUUGUAGACAGGAAAGAGCUGGAAAUUGUAGACAAGAAAGAGCUGGAACUUGUCUCUACUCUGUAAUUUAUCAUGUAGGAGUUAACACAAUAGGGAAAGAACUAUAUAAGCUAUGACAAUGUUCUGUACAAGACCUUAUUUUCUUUGUAUUUUUCUCUUUAACAUCUACAGAAAGAAAGUUUAAAAUAAUCUUUAUAUUUGGAUAGAAGUUAUCAGAUUAGUAUAUUACA